AGUAGCUCAGAAUUUGUCAACAAGAAAGGCCGACUGACAUGGCAAAGUCUUCCUCCUAAAAUGGCACCUCUCUGACAAUGUUUAACCUUCUAUUAGUCUUAAGUUUUUCUUUUUAAUUUCCAACAUUUUACUGAAGAAGCAGUUUCAAAAUGACAGUGGCAUACAACGUCUGUACCCUGCUAAUCUUCAUAAUAACUCACUGCUGUUUUGAGGUUGUCGUCUGCACUGUCCACUGUGGGCGUUCCAUUCAAGUUGCAGAUGGUAGAGUAGGAGAGAUCCAGAGUUCGGCCUACCAUAGCUAUUCUUACCACUAUGGCCCGACCAAUGACUGCUGGGUCAUCAAGGGUUCAGAAGAUGAGCCUAUUGUUCUCAGCUUUUCCCAGUUUACGGCGCGGUGUAGAAAGGAAUGGGUGUCCAUAAAAUCAUCAGCUGGAGAUGAGCCGGUUGUCCUCUGUGGAUCAAAGUUGCCCCAGCCGAUGGAAUUCCCAGGAGGCAACAUUACAGUGAUCCACCACUUCUUACCGCAUCUAUACCCUGUGUCGUCCUUUUGGCUGAACUUUGCCAGAGACAUUGGUGAAUGCCCAGAGACGUCCUUUCAGUGCUUCGGAGGCCGUUGUAUCCCCCUGUCGUGGCUCUGUAACGGCCAGGUUGAAUGUCUAGGUGAGGGUCUUGGCUAUGGCAGUGAUGAGCAGGACUGUGGAGCUGAAAUAGAGACCCCAGAACCCUCCAAACGUGACAGCACACAGGACGGGGAGACCAAAGUAGAGGCUUCCACAGAGAGAAACAGCGUUGCAGAUAAAAGCCAGACCUCAGACAGGACAUCUGAGCGGGACUCGCAGUCCGAUCUGUGGGAGCUGUUGAAGAAGCGGCAGCAGGAGGAGGCUGAACUGGAUCGACAACAGGUUCACAGGGAGUCCGCCGUGACCCCUGCCCCCACUGACUGUCCCUGCGGAGGGCUUCUCCAGACUUUCUAUGGCACCUUCUGCCCUCCAGCCCUGCGGGGCCAGGCGCUGUUCUGUGUCUGGACUCUAGACCCUCAGGACUCAAGGCCACUGAGACUGGACCUGACACAACUGCUGCUGGGCCCCGGGGACAUUCUUACAGUCUACAAUGGACAGCAAGGCAGAGGAGACAUUAUCAAAAUUAUCACCAGCACCUCCAACUAUAAAUCCGUUCCAGUUGAAUCCCACACUGGCCUCCUGUCACUCACAUAUCAGACUCUUCCCGGCUCAGAGGGGAGCGGCUUCAAUGCUACGUUCCAUGUUGGGACAUACUGCCCUCCCUGGGAGGGUCACUGCGGUGGAGCGGCAGGGGGCUGCUUUACACAGGGGCAGCGCUGCGAUGGGAAAUGGGACUGUCCCGAAACCGGAAAGGACGAGGAAGGAUGCCGGGGCUGCGCUCCCAACCAGUUUGCCUGUGGAGUAGCAGGACAGAGGACAGUGGCGUCCAGUCACUUCCCUGGUCGACCCGUGUGUUAUCCGGUCACUGAGAGAUGUAACUAUCAGCUGUACUGCGCUGACGGCAGUGACGAGAAGGACUGCACCGUGUGCCAACCUGGGACCUUUCAUUGUGACAGUGACAGGUGUGUGUUUGAGACGUGGCGCUGCGACGGCCAGGUGGACUGUAAAGACGGCACAGACGAACUCAACUGCACGGUCAUCCUGCCGCGCAAGGUCAUCACCGCGGCAACAGUCGGCAGCCUGGUGUGUGGGCUUCUGCUGGUUAUCGCCAUGGGCUGCACAUGUAAACUGUACUCACUCAGAACCAGGGAAUACAGCAUGUUUGCCCCAAUCAGCCGUCACGAAGCAGAGCUGAUCCAACAGCAGGCUCCGCCCUCCUACGGUCAGCUGAUUGCCCAGGGUAUAAUCCCCCCAGUGGAAGACUUCCCCACAGAGAACCCUAAUGAGACCUCGUCUCUCUCUCUGAGGGGGAUUCUACAGCUCCUCCGACAGGAUGCCGUCAACUCCCCACACCGCCGACGCAGGCCCCGGUUUGUCCGCAGGGCUGUUCGCCGCAUGAGGAGGUGGGGCCUCAUCCCAAGACCUCCUUCCAGACCGUCUCAGGCUUCGAGCUCCAGCCAGCAGCAGGCGGACGCCGCUCCCGCCGCUAACGGACCAGUCCACUCCACGCCUACGAGCUCCUCGUCAGCUGUGGAGGCGGUCAACCAGCCGGUGCCUCAGAAACUCGGGUUGUUGGCUCAGACAGAACAGCAGCAGCAACAGCAGGGGGCGCCGCCUCCUCUACUGCAACUGCCCCCUCCUCUGCCUGUCGCGUCCCCCCCUCCACCUCCUUAUGCUCCCCCAGCCCCGCCCCCAUCUGCUCCCCACACUCCCCCUGUCAGUGUCCCUCCAAGCAGCCCCUCUCUGGCUUCUAUCUUCCAUACGCUGGGCCUGAGUAUCUCCCUCUUCAGAGCCUCACCCUCUUCUUCCACCAACUCCAUGCCCCUCUCCGCCUCACCAUCAUUCUCGUCCUCCUCGGAUGAUGAGGUGCUGCUCAUCCCUCUGUCUGAGGACACCACUUCAGAGGAUGAUGUACCCAUGCUCACUUGAGUAUCUUCCACUUUUCCCCUUGGAUCAUAUUCACACAGUGGCCGUUUUCCUCUGACGUCUGGGUGUGGAACUCAAAUGCUGUUUUCAAAAGGAUAACAUCACACUGUUGAGUUCAAGUCUUGAAACACAGGGAGGCUGACAAACACUUCUUUUUGAAAUCUGAAAAGAUCAGGGAAACUAAAUUUAUUAAGGGAUUUCUACAUCAAUAGGAAUAUAAUUUUAGUAUCACAACCUUUGACUGCUGUUAGAAAUGGAUGAGUAAUACGGACAAAAUUCCUGUUGAUAUAAUUUAUACCACAGUGGUUACAUCACAAUAACCACAUGAUACUUUAAACACAUUUGUUUAUCUUCUUAUAUUUAAAUUAAAGUUCCCUCCAGACAAAAACACUUGCCUCCCUGUAACAGCACAAAUAGUAGAAGAAGAUGAUACUGUCAGAAAAAGGACUGGUGCCAAUAGUCAAACUAAAUACGAAGUAGUCCAAUAUUUACAUGUUCUACUGGGAUGAAUAAUAAUAAUAAUAAUAAUAUAUUGUGAUAUUGUGCCAUUUCUGUGCCAAGCAGACCAGCAGGCCAAAAACCUGCCCUGCAAGACGGCAGAUAACACAAGACUGCACAAUGGCGGGAAAUCUUGUGGUAGAGACGAUGUUGCCAAAUCUCUAUCUGUAGCCCAACACUACUGCCACGGCUAACAUUAGUGUUCAGUCACAUUCUAGUUAACUUUACCAUUUGCUGGGAAAGGUGUGUGUUAAAAUAUCUCUGCACAUCUUGGUGUGUUUUCACCUGGUCAAGCGUCUGGAACACACUUUGUGCUGGAUAUAAUCUGUCCGACACUAAUGUUAGCUAAUGUUGAAGGCUGACAUUAAUAUGGCGUUUUGCCCAGAACUAUGGCCAGAUGGCGCUCUGAAUUUCCAAUCAUGAAGUAGAGAACUGAUAAUUUGGCGGACUCAGUGCAGCACUACGACAUGAUCCUUUUGAUAACAAUAUUUGAACUCUCCACCCCGAGUACAACUCUGGAGGAAAAUGCAUGGUCCAUGAGCCCCGCCCUCUGUCCUCUUUAUUUCCUGCUAAUAACUGAUACCCAGUCUUUCCACAUAUGUUUGAACUGAAGCAUGGGAGCGGUGAGACUCACCCUCACUGUGCAAGUCUGGUGCCUUUUGAAAUUGCUUUGAGUUGGAUUCAUUGACUUAUGGAAUCAAGUAUUUGACCAUUUAAAAAAAAAAGAAAAAAGACCUCGAUGAGAAAGUUUAGACGAAAAGCAUGGCUGACACUUGUUUGAGAGUAAGUUUAGGUGAGUAUUAAUGUGCACUUAAUUAAUACUAGGCUGCACAUUGAAGUUCCAUUUUGCACAGAAGAAUCUUCCCUAUCCAGAGGCAGACUACUGUCAAAGUGAAUGAAAGGAGUUUUUAGUUAAAUGAUGGAAAAAACGUGUUUUGUAUGACUGCAACUGUGUGAAUGCAUUUGCAUCUUAGUCUUACAUAGACAAUGGAGUAUAUUUGUAGAUGUGGAUCUUCUCCAUGUACUUCUGCCACUAACAUCCAGGCUCCAGGCUAUUGUCACUACCCCAUCUGUACCUGAAACCUGAUUUAUUCCACGCAUUUGUGAAAACGAGCCACUACCUGCCACUGGUACUUCAAAUCAGUUGCGAUUGAAACCCACAGUAUGUACGUAUGUAGUAUCUAUGACUCGAUGGCAUAUCUCAAUCAAAACAAUAGUAAAAUGCGUAUCACUUUAGUUUUUACUCUUCAAAAUAAAUGCCCUCAGCAGAUUUGUCAUAUCCAUCAUGUUACUCAACUUGGACACAGAACAUCUCGGUAAAAUAGAUGAGUUCCCUUCAUAUCAUGUUGAGUGGCAUAUAGUCACUUUGUUUUAGUGAAAGAUUUGUAAGAAUGGAAAAUAGCAGUGGUUGGGUAAAAAAAAAUAUGGCGUUGACAGGUGAUCAAAUGAAACGGUUCUUUGUUGGAAACAGAUACAAUCAGACCCACAAGUCAAGAAAAUAGAAAACAUAGGCCUCAUCAUUGACAUAUCUUAUCGUAAGAAUGUUCAUACUGUGUGUUCAAACAGAAUAAUGUCUUUGGUGUUACUGGUUCUGAAAUGCAGGUUGCUAAUUUGUAUUUGUAUUUUUUUUUUUUUUAAUGAAUCCAAGCUCAGGGUCACACAUGAUCGGCUGUACGUUGGCAGGUGUACAGUUGGCGAUGCGUGGGGGUACACCUGCCUGCUGGCCUGUCGACUUCCAAGUGACGGCGAUGAUGAGCUUAUAGGCCUUUAAACUGCUGCAGAUGUCUGUGUAAACCGCUGUGGUUAACAAUGAUGUCUGUUGUCUAUGCAGUUUCAGUAGAAUUCAUACUUAGCCUCAACCAUGAUCACAACAUUAGCUACAAUGACCAUAACUUUGUGCGAAGGUACAUGUAGCGACCAUGACAAUCACAUUAUUAUACCACAUUAUUAUUAUUAAGCAUGCCACUGUUAAUUACCGUGCAAAAACUAACACUCUUUGGCAUUAUUAGAUGUAAGUAAACACCCAUUUAGUUAUUAUAUUUGAUGGUAAAAUUUCAAACAGUGGCUGUGGUUAAAGUCGGCUCAUUAAAGCUGUCACUCACAGAUGGACCACAUAAGACAUUCAGGUCGUACCCCACUGCCCACCCACUCUACACUUUACAUAAUGUGUGAAAUAAUAACACAAACGACCCCAAGCCAAGCAGGUAAACGGUGGUUAGAUUAACUAAUUUCAGCUGAAAAUAUUUUGGAAGUAGUUGUUAGCUAGCUGAUGUGGUAUAUGCUAGCUAGUAGGUAUGGUAUUUGUUAGCUAGUAGAGGUGGUACCUACUGUUAUGGUUAAACAGUGGACAGGAUUAAGUGUUUAUUUGAAAAGAAAGAACUGAAUUUUCUUUUAUUAGCAAUAUUUAUUAGACAUUCGUUAGAAGAACAAAUGCUAUUGAUUUACUGAGCUAAAUUGGAAUCUAUCUCGUAACUAGCGAAACUAAAGAUAACAUUAUACUGCUGUCAAUUCCUAAGAAAUACCGAUGACAGGAAGUGGCUCCGUUUUCAUUUAUAUAAGAUCCAGUCAUGUUUCUAGUCUGGAUGUACUGGUGACAGAUAUCACAGAUACUCCAGAAGAAACCCAUUUCCCCUUUUUAAGUGCCUUUGAAGAGUUUCCUACAGAUGGCUUGAGAUGAUUCCUGAGUUUGACACCACACACCAAAACACGGGCACACACCCCCCCCCCCAUCAUAGUACGCAUUUAAACCCAUCACUGGCUUUGUUAUACGAUACAACAGAAAUGCAUGUCUUCUCUACAAGCUGGCAAUAAUCCUUUGGGACCCAAAUGGAAGUGCACACAGUGACACAACACAUGGCUGACAUGAGUGUACCCUUCCCAAAUGAAUGUAUGUCUCAAACACACGUGUCUAAAGACAAUCUCUCUGGUGCCUGAUUUUAAGAUGUGUGUUAAUGUGUGCGUUGGUGUUGUGUGCACAGCAAAUUGAGGCGCCCGUCAUGGUGAAGGGGGCUUGAAAUUCACUAAAUAACCUCAAUUUGAAUCUACAACCCUCGGGGGGGAAUCAGUCUGUCACAUUUGACACAACAUAUUUGUGGUGUGCCAUUUGUAUUAUUGUACAUUUUCUGGUGUUUUUAUUUCAGACAGUUACUUCUCUCUUUUUUUUUUUUUUUCCUCUCUUAACUUUUGCUUUGUUGAAUGUAUUAGGGUCAGCGUGGAGUAGCCAGAAGUUUUAAAUUUUGCAAUGUAUUGAGGUAAAUAAGAGAGAAAGUGAUUUUAUGAUUUAUUAGGGUCAACUUCACUGUAUAUAAGUAACGUGGCUGAGAUUAAACAAUUUGCACUUUUA